AUGACGUCUGCCGAAAAAUCAACGGUGCAACAACGAUAUCCCGAUGAAAAAUUUCCACGUUUGAAGCCUAUUGAUGAAAAUAGCAAUGCCGAUGAACAAAAAUUACAGCAACAAGCUAAACAUCGAAGUUCAGCUUUUCUUCCACCGAUUAGACCGAGUAUUGUAUCAAGUAUAGCGAUGUCAAAUAGUAGUGCAGAUGGAUUAGGGCCAGAAAUUACACACCGUUUAACAAUGUUCGAUAUAGCGAAACGUGUUAUGUCACGACAGGAUUCGUCAGUAUCUACAGGAUCUUUUAAAACUUUACUAGGUAGUUCUCGUCCUAAGCGAACAUCAUUAUUUGAUCAUAUUCACCCAAGAAUUGAUACUGGUUUAUCACGUCCAGAAAUCAUAGUUAAAAAGGAUAUAGAUACUUAUCAAUUGAAACCAAUUCAUCAAAUAAAAUGGAGUCUUUUAAAGCUAAGCAUCGAAAGAGAUUUAACAAUAUACAAUCUAACACAACAAAUGCAAUUUAAUUCUGGUCAAAUAUAUUCAAUACUAUUAAAUACAGUAGUACUUUCAGUUAAAUCAAAAGUGAAACAAUUCCUAGCAUCGACUGCCAGUUCUGAUGAAGAGCGUUAUAAGAUUGUUGUUAAUGUUAGUGUUUUUCCAAAAACAGCUACGGGAUUAUGUAUUGACGCAAGAUGUUUAUGGAAUACAGCUACGGAUAAUUCGAUUACAGUUCAAAUGAAAGGUGUUGAUUGCAAUAUUCUUAUUGUUGCUUAUGUCUUCUAUACCGAUUUAGGAGCUAUUAUACAUCGUUGA